AUGGAGGUCUCAGAGCAGAGGCAGGAACAAACGGAAGGGGUCGGGAGGGGAGCACUCAGGACCCAACCUGAAGAAAAUGUGGGAGAAAGUAGGGUAAAGCUAGUAGUUAAUUUAUCAAAUAGAGCAUUGAGUGUUUAUGAGGAUGAAGUUUUAAACAAAGGAUUAAGUUUUAUUCCUACCCGUGAUAGUGACAUUACAGACUCGAUACUAGAUAUAAAAAUGUUUGUUAGGAAGGUGCAGUUGAGGUUAGAUUUUGGAAAUCAGAAUGGUGUAGAAAUGCCAGAAGGUUUAGAGAGGUUUCGUCCUAAUAGUUUAUAUACACCGGUUAUACAUCCGCUAUUGGAUACUUUUUCUAGAAUGGUGGAAAAUGAUUUAUAUAAAUAUUAUAAUGGAAAAAGACAUUCUGGUUUAAAUAAUCGUAGAUUCAACCUUAGUUAUCUACAAAGACAAGCACUGAAUAACCUUAAGGAUGACCACUCAAUUGUCAUCAGACUGGCAGAUAAGGGCGGUCCGGUGGUAAUUCUGGACACGAUGGGAUAUGUGAAUAAUAUGACACUUAUGUUAAGUAAUGAAGGGUUUUAUGGUAAUAUAAGCUUGCAAGAGGUUGGUGUAAAAGUUUUUCAAGUUUAUGACACGUUAGAUGACUUAUAUAAAAGCUCUAUUAUUUCGAAUACACUGUUUGAAUACCUUAAAUUAUACAGACCUAUAUUCAGAUGUGUAAACUUGUUGUUUUGCUUUUGUUUUCAGGAUGAAGAUGGAAAUGGACUAUCAGAUAAAGACAUCUGUGCUGAGGUUGAUACUUUCAUGUUUGAAGGACAUGACACUACAGCGAGUGGCAUUUCCUGGAUUAUGUACUGCAUGGCCAUUUACCCAGAGCACCAGACAAAGUGCAGGGAAGAGAUCCUGCAUAUUCUUAAUGGGAGAAACACAGUAGAAUGGAACGACCUCAGUCAAAUGACCUACACCACAAUGACUAUCAAAGAGUGUCUGAGACUAUACCCUCCAGUGCCUCUGGUAGCACGAAAGCUCACCAAACAAAUGAAUUUUUUUGAUGGUAGAUCAAUACCUGCAGAGUCCCUUGUUGGAAUCAACAUUUACUGCAUUCAUAGAAAUGAAGAAUUCUGGGAAAAUCCAGAGGUGUUUGAUCCUUUGAGAUUUUCUCCAGAGAGGUCUGCCAACAGACACCCACAUGCCUUCCUACCUUUUUCUGCUGGACCAAGAAACUGCAUAGGACAGCACUUUGCUAUGAAUGAGAUGAAAGUGGCCACUGCUCUGAUACUGGCCCGUUUUGAAUUGACACCUGAUCCAGCUAACCGUCCUAAUAAAAUUCCACAGCUGGUUCUCCGAUCUAAAAAUGGAAUCUACUUGUUUCUUAAGAAAGUCCUUCGGGCAGAAAAUGUUCAAAGUGGACAGUAAUAUGUUGUUCAGAUUUUCCUUCCAUAAAACACAUAGUUUGACAUACUUCCUUCCUUUACAUAAAAGAGGCUUUUUAUUCCAGUGGUUUUGCUCUCAGUAUCAACACAAGAAGUUCCACAUGCAAUUAGAAUGAGAUUCUGUAGCUUUGUCUUCUAAAGUUCACCUCUGAAUUCAUCUUCUCUCUACAUUAAUGACCUAGCAGAGAGACAAGGAUACUAUAAGGCUGUCAGCUUCUGAGGAAGAAUACUAUAUUGUGCUUUUCUGUCCCUGUCAUUUAUUGAAAACUUAUUAAUUUAACCCCCACAGAUAUUGUAUUUCUUCAAAAGAAUGUCAUUGUGGACUCUGGAAUUUGAGCAGCUUAAAAGCUUUUGUAGGACAGCUGUUAAUAACUUCUGAGUCAGGAAUGUCAGUGAAAUGAUGGUGGGUGAUUAUAGUAUUUUAUAAUUCUAAUUUUACUUAGCUGAUUCAUUUAAUGGCUUUUUGAUUUAAAAAAUACAAAAUGUUAUUGUCCUCAUGGACCAUCUCACAGUUUUUAGUACAUUUUCUCUGUUCUAAAUGAUACGUUCUGAGACAAUCAGAAUGUAUCUGGACAUUAACAUAUCCCCAAUAUCAUGUGACAGCAGAAAUUUAGACCUGUUGAUUGUACACUCAUGCUGCAAUGUUUUUGUCUACAAUCUCAUUGCAUUUUUCUUUUUUCUCCAUAAUUUGUUGAAAUUAAAAUAAACAACAUACAUGGCAAAGCAAAACAAGUGGAAGCAAGUGACUGCACACAAAGGAAUUAUGCUAUUUUUACAUUAUAGGCCCUGUGCAUUGUAUUACUGUGGGCUGUAGGCAACUAUCUUCUUUCUUAUAAAUUAAUUUCUCAAUAGUCAGACACAGUGAUGAAAAAUCUAAAUAUGUUUGUUUUUCUUUUCUUUGAAUUUGUUAACAUUUGCAAAACUAUGUUUAAUUUCUAUCACUGAAUGCAAUGGUUAGAAUUUGCAUGUAGAAUUGAGUUCAUUGGGGAUAACUAUGCUGCUUUCUAAAUAAAUUUUCAUUGAACUAAUAAAGUCUGAACUGUGUAGUCUGCAAUAGAAGAAGAUGCCAGACUAGUUGUUACAAAAGCAAUGGUUAUGGGGCAAUGUUGUGUCGGCACAUUGUAUGGGAUGUUAUAGAAAUAAGUGCUAAACAAUACAGGCAGGUAAUUUGUUGCCCUUUAGAGGGGAUGUGAGCUUCAUCAUUUUUGUGUUAGUAAAGGGUCUAGCUUUGCACUUUGCUUUUUAUCAUAAAAACACAUUUUUGAUCCCUGCCUCCAACAGCUGAAUAUUUCAUGGGAUUUAACAAAACAUCUCUGGUGAGAAUGUUACCUUCUUCUGGCAUUUCUGUAGUUAGAUUACAUACUGUGGUAUAGAAAUAUAACUAUUUUAUGUGUAUCUCAAAGAACGUGUGUAAUUAUAAUAGAGUGUGCAAACUGUCAUUUCUUAUAAUGAAUAAACACAAUGUAUUAAUAAAAUAAGUUUUCUUCUUUACA